GAUGAUUAAAAAAUUAAAGUGAUGACAAGUUAUAGCAGUCAUGAAUUGUGAAUUAAUUUGAAGUAUAAAAUACAGGAAGAGACAAGAAUUCUAUACAGAAAAUUGGAGACAAGACACCUGACUACAUCUAUAAGGUAACAAGGAGAAAGUCUAAGAACAAGAUAUCAACAUGGCGGCCAAGAUGACCAGCAUGCUGGUUUGCUGUAUAGCGAUUGUCAUCCUAGAAUCCACAUCUGUACUCGGGUUUUUCCACCCUCCUAUGCCGGACUGUAAAACCGACGCAAGUUGUGGAGCUGAUUCUGUAACCGCCAGCUAUGGAGCGAUUAAUUACUGCUGCGCCUCGGGAAGCAAGCUGUCUCUGGGAGUAGAAUCAGUCAAUGGUCAAAUGAAGUCGACUUGUAAAUGUGUCAAGCCCUUCAGUUUUCAAUCAUUGAUGCCAAAAGGCUUCCAAGUCCCACGAUUUUGCACACGAUAUGAAGCCGGACAACCAAUUCCUUGCGGAGAGAAUGCGGACACUGGAACCGCAAACAACAAGAAUGUAUGCUGUGGUACUGGCUAUACACUUCAUAUUACCAGCAAGAUUAAGCGUGGUGUAACCAAGGAGCACUGUAGAUGUAGAGCGGUGUCAGCUGCAGCACCCGCAGCACCCGCAGCACCACCACCAGGAGGCGCUGUCCCGCUGUCCCACCACCACCACCAGGAGGCGCUGCCCCACCACCACCACCAGGAGGUGCAGCUUCACCCGCUGCAAGUCCAUUGUAAGCAACAGUGCCUGUCCCUCAAGAGCCGUGUAUUAGACAGUCCAUUCCCCGGAUUCAUAAAAACCUAACCUGUAUAAAUCAAAAUCUUUUGACUUUCAAACAAAAUAGUAUGAACAAAUGGGUCUAAUAAUAAUAAAAAACAUUUUC